GGCCCAUCUCCCGCCUGAGGACUGGAGCGGUUGCUAUGGGGACCGUUGUACAGAGCGGAAGGGAUCACUGAGCGGCAGAAAUGAUCGUGUUUUCUGAUUUUAUUUGACGUAUUUCCCUGCCGGACGUAAAAUUAUUGAAAAUUGGAGAAAAAGGGCUGCUUCCUUGACAAUAUGGCGUGAUUAAGUUGGGGAAUGAGUUUCUCUGCUUCCAAAAUCAAUUCAUGGAGAGCUGACUUUAAAGGAGCAAGAACAGGAUCUAAGCAAGUUUGAUUGGAAUGAGAGGUUUGCAGGGAGGACAGUAACUGAACGUUGGGCCAUCUUAAAAGUGCAGAUAAUUCAGGAGGAUGUUACCCAGGCUGUGUGAUGGAGGAGAAACUAUCACUGGAAGGGUUCAAGAUUAAUAAGAAAGAAUUCUUGGAUGGAUUGCUGGCACUUAAAAGUUGAAAAGGUAAUUAUAAACAGCACUGUCACCCCGAACAUGACCUUCACAAAAACCUCACAGAAGUUUGGGCAGUGGGCAGACAGCCGAGCUAACACUGUCUUCGGGCUGGGAUUCUCCUCUGAGCAGCAAUUAACCAAGUUUGCAGAGAAAUUUCAGGAAGUUAAAGAGGCAGCGAAACUGGCACGAGAUCGUUCUCAGGAGAAAACAGAAACAUCAAGUAAUCAUUCUCGUGAAUCCAGCCAUGAAACCCCAUCUUCUCCACAAGCAUCAAGUGUGAAUGGAACUGACGAUGAGAAAGCAACUCGUCCUCCUCCGAUUGAAAGCCUCCUGAAGAAUGACAAUGACCGGAUCAAAUUAGUCUCAACUCAAGGACCUGCUGCUGCCAAGAAAUGGGAGCAGGAACUCCAAACCUUGGGAGAGAACAACGCUCGACUCAGUAUUGCAUUGCAGGAAUCAACAAAUAAUGUAGAACACUGGAAGAAACAACUGUUGGCGUGUAAGGAAGAAGGAGAGCAGCUCCGGCAGAAGAUGAUGGAGCUUGAGGCUCAGUGUGCUGACUUCAAUCUGGAGAAAGAGAGGAACACACGACUGACUCGAACUGUGAAACAGCUAGAGACUGACAUUCAUGAAAAGGAGCAGGAGUUGGAGAGGCUGAGGGAGGAGGCUCAGGUCAUUCCCCAGCUCCUGGCAGAGUGUGAAGCUUUGAGGGAACGUCUCCAGACUGCAGAGAGUACAAACAAGGAGCUGGAAAACAAAGCAAACUCAUUAAAGACAAAUAUUGAAGAAAGUCAGCAGAAACAGAGUGAUCUGAAGAAAGAGUUGACAACAUUUCUGGAAGUUCUGGAUGGAAAAAUUGAUGAGCUUCAUGGAUUCCGACAAGGCCUGGCCAAAUUGGGGAUGGACAAUUGAGGAUGGGGCGGGGUUUGGGGGGUGACAACAGAGAGUGACAUCUGUAACAUCGAGAAGCGGGUAAGGUUGGGGAUGGGAGGGGCUUGAUUGGGUCAUGAGGGCAGGGGCUGGAGGUUUAUGGGGGAUUCAAAGGUGGAGAUUUGGGGAUGGACAGAGUGACUAGUGUCCUUGACCUGACCCCUGACCCAUGAGCUAAAAAUACCUUUAACCUGGUUAAAGCUGGAGAGGGAGAUGAAUCUGCAGCAAAUUCAGGUGAGGCUGCUUUAAGCACAAAUUUCCAUUAUUUCAGCCUAAUACAAAUGAUCGCAUCAAUAACUGAAUGCUAAGUGUCUGUGUGCAAGAAAAGCAAGUAAUUGAUGUGGGAAUGAAUUCCUUGCUAACUCAAUCCGCACAUAUUCCUGGAAAUUUGGUCAUGUGAUCACCUGGCCAAACCCUCUUUUGACACCUUGCUCACCUUUUAUAAAUAAUUAACCAGAUCUGUUAAGAAAAUGACAAAAAUACAAUUUUAUGAGCUCUCUCCUGAGUUUCUGCACACUUGGAAAAUGUACCUUUGAUUCCUAGAGAUUUCUGUCCUGAACCAUCAACUAGGCCAAGUGGGCAUAAGGGUUUGGAAUUUGAAGUGUAUCGUUUGUGUGAUCAGUUUUGAGCAGAAACUUUCAUUUUCUGAUUGUACAAAUGAUGCUGAAAGCACAACUUGAGAGUAUUUGGAGAGUUCUGGAGAACAGAAAAACAGGCUGCGGAUUUGAGUGUGUUUUUAAUGUUUGUUUCUUAUUGACAGGAAUAAAUGUUGACAUUAUAUUUUA